AUGAAUAGAGGUGCACUUAAGCGUACACCAAGUUUAGGAACCAUGCCUAGUUUCGGCAACCUUUCUAUUUCUUCAAUAGAAUCACCAAGCCCAACGGGUUCAAACACUCUCAAUCGACCUGCACAAGCUUCACAAUCAUUGUAUCCUCUAUGUAUAGACUUGCUAGAACGACUUUACUGUGUGGAAGGGUUUGAACAAUACCUAAUUCAAGGACAAAACAAUGUUUCAAAUAAUUCUUCAAUAGUAGGUACUCCUACCUCGGAAAAUGGUCCGAAUAGUAUAAUUCGGAAUGAUCCUAUUACUCUAUUAUGGCAAACUUUUCGGUUAGGUUAUCCUCUUUGCGCUCUUUACAAUGCUUUGAAACCUCAAACAGAAUUGAAAAUAACAAUAGAAACUAAGCCUAAAGAUAGCGUGUAUAAAUUUUUGGCAGCUUGCAUGAAGGAAUUACAGUUUAAGUCUGAACAACUCUUUACAAUUACACAAUUGUAUCAAGACGAUACGAAUGGCUUCGUCAAUGUAAUUGGUACUGUCAAACUUGUCACAGACAAAAUUGAAGAGAAAGGUCUUCUCAAUUUGUCUCGUAGACAACUUUUACGAAAUUCGGAUCCCAUGAAACCCACAGAUAACCGUGCAAGGGUCGUACAUGAAUUAUUAGAAACAGAAAGAAAAUAUGUACAAGAUAUGGAAGUUUUACAGAAAUUUGCGCGUGAACUUCAAAUACAAGAGAUUGUAAGCGCAGAUACUAUUCAUUUGCUCUUUGCAAACCUUAAUCAUCUUGUAGAUUUUCAACGUCGUUUCCUUAUCGGUGUAGAAGCUAAUGCCAGUCAACCACCAGCAGAUCAAAGAUUUGGAAAUCUUUUUAUACAAAUGGAGGAUAAUUUUGCUGUAUACGAACCAUUUUGUGCAAAUUAUCAAUCUGCUUCAGAAUUGGUUAUCCAAGAAACGCCUAAUUUGCAGCGUUUGGCUAAGAUAGUAGAACCAACAUACGAAUUACCAUCGUUAUUAAUUAAACCCAUCCAGCGCAUUUGUAAAUAUCCAUUAUUAUUACAGGAAUUAUUAAAAUUCUCUGAAAAAGAUGAAACACCAUUUUAUGAUGAAAUUGAGCUAGGCCUUAAGGCUAUUAAACGUGUAGCCGAUCGUGUUAAUGAAACACGACGAAAACAAGAAAACGAAGCUAUCGUUAGAGAUUUAGAACGUAGAGUUGAGGAUUGGAAAGGGCAUAAAAUUGCUCAAUUUGGUAGUUUAUUACUUGAAGAUGUGUUUAUCAUGUCAAAGGAAGAUUCCGAACGUGAAUAUCACGUAUAUUUGUUUCAAAGAAUCUUACUUUGUUGUAAAGAAAAUAAUGCUAGAAGGCUCCAAAGUAAAUCUACUCCACUUAUUAAGAGUAAUUCAAGAAAACAAAAAAGAACUAGUUUACAGCUUAAAGGGAGAAUUUUUAUACACAAUAUAACAGCUCUUUUAGACAAUAGUCAACCUCAACCUGGAUCGUGGUCUUUGAAGGUAUUUUGGAAAGGAGAUAUAGAAAUGGAAUCUUUCUCACUCAAAUGUCGUAAUGAAGAGCAACUUAAACAAUGGCAAUCCACGUUGCAAAAAUUGCUUGAAGAUUCAAAAAGCCAAAAUAAUAAUAGCUCAAAUUCAAAGGAUGAGUCAACAACAACGACCAAACGAACUCAAGUUUCCAACACUCAAUUAGCAUCAUUAGCGAACCUUGAUCUUCCUUUUCAAUCGUUACCCUAUGGACAAUUGCCUACAUCUUCUAAUGGAAGAACGAGAUCAAAAACAGAUGAUGGGACGGCACCUCCACCUUAUAACUUGAACCCUGGUUCUCCUCCAUUACCAGGCAACCCAAAUAAUCUACCUCAAUAUCGAACUCAUACAAAUUUGUCCAUGUUGCAUACAUCACGUAAUGGGUCUACGACCGCUCCACCUACAAUGGCAACGUUUCCAUCCAGUGUCAUACAUCAUCAAGGAGAAUCAAGUUAUUUUCCAAAUUCUCCUCAUUCUCCUCAUUCUCCUCCACCUUCUUAUCCGGGUUCUCCAGCUCCAUCUGCUCGUAGUAGUGCUAGUACAACUUCGCAUUCUAAUAUUUGGCAAAGAAAAAGUGUCGAGCAACAGCAAUCAACUAACGUUCUUGCAGACACAGUAGCCAAAGUUAUGAUGGGAAAUGAUGACGAAUAUCCUGUUCCACCGUUGCAACGUGCAUCUGUUGGACCUACUCCAGUUUUGCAACAAACCUCAGCACCUAGUUCAAACCGUUUACGAUCUGCAAGUAAUUCAAAUAUACAUGCGAUUCAAGAAGAUCAAUGGGAAAAUAUGGAACCUUUUCCUGAUCUUCCUAAUGACAAUAUAGCAAUGAGUAACGGGGUUCAAUCGGAAUCACAUCUGCGACACAGCGGAUCAAGUACUUCAUCACAGACAUCUAAUACAAAUGGUAUUAAUACUAAUAUUCCGAUUUCGAAUAGUGCCUUAUCAUCACCUACCAAUGGAGUAGAAAAUGGUAAUCAAUAUUCGAAGUAUAGCCACACAACAAUGAAAAUUAAAGUAAAUUAUGCUGAAGACAUUUUUGUGAUCGUUGUUCCUAAAGAUAUUGAAUAUAAAGAAUUAUGUGAUCGUGUAGAACGUAAGAUACGUUUGUGUACUACAAGGCGUGACGAAAGUAUUCCCCUACUAAGGCUAGCUGCUGGAGGAAAUUUUGUUAACCUUUAUGUUAGCUAA